AUGGAAGAUUUACCAGUAGAUACUGGAUUCACUUUGGACUAUUUGGGACGCCUACCUGAGGUUAAAGAUACCAAGUAUAAGAACAGUUUAUUACACCAUGUAUGCUGCAUAGUUUUAGAUCAGUUUCCUGAUGGAACAGAUUUACACUCAGAACUGGGUGCACUAUGUCGUUGUCAUCGCGUUGAUUGGGAUGAGUUGCCAAAACGAUUAGAGAAAUUAGAGACGGAUAGUAAACGUGCUUGGGAGCAUUACCGUUUGAUAUUCAGUUCUGAAAAAGAGUCAAGCAAAAAUGUCAAACUUUCUGAAUUUCUUACUGAUGCUAUGGAACGUGUCAUCUGCCUUCAAAUGGUGUAUCGGCGAAUGACUUCAAGAUUUCGACAUACUCUGGAGUAUUUAGGCUAUAGUCCAGCCAGGGCAUCCAGUACUUCUGUUGGUUACUUUUGUCGUAUUCUGGCUGAAUUUGCCUUGGAAUAUAGAACAACACGAGAAAAAAUAAUUGAAGGAAGAGAAAAGAAGGCACUGGCACGUGAACGUAAACGCACGAGAGGCAAAUUAAUAGUUGACGUUUCAAGUUUGCGAGGUGCUCCGAAUGAUCUUGCACAAUCAAAAGACGAUGCAGAACUUCGUGAUCUAUUACUGCGACCAGCGAAUGAAACGGAUUCUGAUGCAUCUUCAUUUACAGCUACUAUAAGACGACGUCUUCAUACACCUGGACCGGGGCAGAAAUACAAAUCCACGCGAAUCAAAAAGAGUUGAAGCAAUGAUACAUACGUAUCUCGUUUAGUUGAACCGAAUUCUGUGUACGUAAGUGCCUUGAAUCAAUAGGAAUAUAUGUAUGUCAGUGCAUAAUCUCAUGAACCGAAGAUAUAAUAAUAUUCAUGAGAGCAAGGAAACUAAACAUUACUCAUCGACUAAAUUCACCGGCAAAACUUCCUAUAAAAGGCAGCAUUUGUACUGAAUAACUGAAAAAAUAGAAAACUUCAGUAACCUAAGCUACUUUUCAAAAAAUGAUUGCGUUCAAUCAUGUUGAUGUGUUUCGUUGAAACAAUUCACAUUUGUUUCUGUUUGUUUUUUUACCCCCAAUCCUUUCGUCUAUAUGCCUCUCAUUUUUAUUCCACUUUUCUUUUUUGUUUUGAUAUUCAACGUACCUGACAUAUUUAUUGGGUCUAAUUCACCUCAACAAUGACAACCAAUGAAGCUCCUCGACGACCGGCGCCAAAUCGUGGACGAAGUCCAGGCUUAUUGUGCGAAGCAUCAGAUGCUUCAAUGGAAGCUUUAGACCAAGAACAAGAUAUUCUCUUGGAUGCAUGCUUACGUGCAAGUACACCGUCAAUUAACUCUCAUGGCACUUUGGGACGGCGUGGUCCACCUAAAGAUCGAAGAAGACCCACAGACAGAUCAAGAUUUUCAGGUAUUCAUUAAAAUAAAUUCUGAAAUAAUAUGGUUAUGUGUAAGUACACAGUACGGUACAGAUGCGUGCAGUAAAGCCUGAGCUACACCUAGUAUGUGCAUGAGUUAGUGAUGCUACCUCAUUGCUCCAAACAUCAGUAGAUGAAGCACAUAUCUAUCCCAUGCCUAACUCAUUAGAAGUAAAGUGACUCUAAACCAAUACACCAAUCUAAUGUUUAGCUUAUUUUUCUUAUAACCAAGAAGGCCUAAAGAAAUACUGCAAAUACAAUAGUUUUUAUAUAGUGUGUUUUAAACAAAACCUAACAAUUGUUAGAAUUCUUAAAUACCACGUGUAAACUGUGUACAAAGUCAUUAUGCACAUUGUAAUUUGACGCAUCCAUUUGUAAGUUAAGAAGUCACCCUCAAUCCUAUCGCUAUGCUAUAUUUCACAUGAUAUUACUCGUGACAGUGUUUCAUACUAGCUGAAGCACCCAAAUUUUAAGUAAUUGUUUGAAAUGUUAAAUCUUACAUUACCUACUUCUGCGCUAGCAACCGAGUAGCAUCAUAAGCCCUCACAUAUCAAAUGUUGCUCAUAUCCUAGUAUACAAACGUAUAUCGUGUAGAUGUGUUACAUUACUAUUACUAUUAUUAUCGUUAGUACAAACGUUGUCCUACACGAUGAUAAAUAAGGAACUGCAGAUACAGUGAAAAAAGUGGCUAUGAAUUAAAGCUGACUAAUAAAUCAACACUUGUUAGUUAUUUACUUUGGAUAAAUAAUGUAGGUUGAAAAUGCAUUAUUGAACAUUGAAGUAACGCGCAUCACUUAAAAGUAAAAAAGCGUAAGGAAAUGAAAAGUAAAUACGUGCAAAUUAACGUAUAAAAUACUUACUUUCAGUUGUCACCUAAAAUUAUGAAGUGUCUGUUCAAUUUAUUUGAUUAAAAGCCCAAGAAGUUUGCUAUCCUUCGUAUUAGUUCAGCAUAAUAUUCACUCAGUUUGUGCACUGCUACAGUAUCGUGAUAUAGCUGCCGUAUGAUUUCUCAUGCCUCGUUUCUAUCACGUACACCAUUAUGUUUUACACGGACGGUAGGUGAACAUGUACGACAUAAAGCAUGUAUAUUUUCAUUGAUGUAGGUUGCUAGGCUCAUCAUGGUAAGCUGGGAUAUGGAUCUUGGCUGGUAAAUCCAGCUUUGUUCAAUCAGCAAUCAGCGGCACUUAUUGUACGAGGUGUUUUGUUACUAUCUGGCUGCCCAGAUCUCCCCAAGUCGAGUAGGAUUCGAACCUUUGGUCCCUUGAUUAAAAGUUGAGUGACUAGUUCACUGAUCCACAGUUCCAUAUAUAAAAACUUAAGUUAGUUUAGCAGAUAGAAAGAUACUUGUUUAUCACACAAGCGAAUUCCUAUAUUUGACUGAAGUAUGCAUGAAAAUUAAGUGAAGCUAAAAAUAUAAGGCAGAAUGCGUAUAAAAGUUAAUUAGAAAAGAUUUGAUCAAAAAACAGAGAGUAAGUGUAAUACUUAAAGCUGGCAAUUUUCUUUAAAAUUACUGUUACGUAAUGUUAAGAGUUAAUGGACUCCAUUUAAAUUUUCAGUUAUGGAUCGUAUGACUAAAACAUUGUCUAAAUUAUUGUCAUUAGCAUUAACAAAGGUUGUUAACAAUUGGACUUACAAAGAAAGUAUUUCAACUAAUCUCAGUAGUUUAUACAGCUGAUUCGUUCUUUCAUUCGAGAUUUGUAGUAUAAUCAAAUCGAUUUUGAGGUCGCACUCAUCACGGACUAAAGUCAGUUGGAGAAUCAUUGAAAAACGUCGAACACUAGACAGCUGUUUCGUUUUAGGUUGGGAAUUCUCAGCAGUGGACAACCACGAUUGAACGAGAGAUCAAGCUAAGGACGGUCAGACCUCUUGGUGAGCACGCUAUCAUUGAGCCACUGGGUCACAGUCCAUUGGUUUCUCUUCCUAGUUCCGUCAGUUCGUAAUACAGCGUAACCAUCGUCCAGUGGAAUGGGUGUGUGUCAGUGGUUUAGAGAGAUGGCUAUCAACCAUUGGCUCACGGGUUCGAGCCCCGUCUCACAUACCAAGGUCUGGGCAACCAGGUAGUGUCACUAGCCCCAAAACACAUUAAGUGUGGCUCACUGCCUACUGCAUGGAUGUGGACAAAAUGCCUGAGUGUGUUGCGAAUGCAGUGACGAGUUUUUGUUCCCACACCUAGCUUGGCUGACUCCAUAGGUUACGCCAAAGGUAGGAAAGUGUGAACUACUGAAUUUCAACUGACGAGCUAAAUGGUAUUGCGAUCGCUGAGACAACUAAGGGUCCUAGAUUCGAUUCCUCAUGGAGUUAUGGGUACACAGUACUGAACAGUUCUACACUAAGGUGAAACAGGUAUAUAGCGCUCCGAAGUUUCGGUUAGUUCUCUGACUGCUGUCAGUUCAUGAUGAAUACUACCUUGCAAUCAACCAGUCCUUAAGAACCACCAGCUGAAAGAUGCAAGUUGACCAGUUACUAACACUUGCUGAACAUUAAAAUCUCUGUCUAUUAGAUAUAUAUGAAACUCAAUUGUUCAUAGAACAUGUUUUAACUACCAGACCACGUGAUUGUAUAGUCCAUUAUCAAUCAUAUUUGUUCUUAAGUUUACUUUUCAUAUCUAUGUGUAUGUUACUAUUAUUAUUAUACAUAUUGUCAUAUAGUUAUCGGUGUCUUUUUUGUUCAACACACUUUUUUCAGUUUUCCAGUGCGUUUUUCUGCUUCUUUACUGUUUAUAAAAAAAUUUGUUCCGUUUUGCAUAUCAUACUUGGCUGAAUGCUUUGUGUUGUACUGUACUGUGUAUAUAUGAAGCUGUUCUGUAAUGUAAUAUGAGUUUUGAGUCGGUAAAUUAAGAUUAUAUGAAUGAAUUCCUGACUGACUGAUUUACCCACUCAAUUGUUUCAGUUAAUCAAUAUGUUGAAUUUUGGCUUUCAGUUGACAAAGUUGAUAAUGGUCUUAUCCAUCAUAGUUAUGUUGUUGUUGUGUUUUACUGUGCCUGACGUGCAAUAGACUAAAAAUCAGCAUGCCAGAAAUUUUCACUCCACUGACAUUGAGGGCUAGAACUGACGGAAAGGUUUCUGCUUCCAUUUUAGAAGUAACAUCAACUGUGUUCCGCUUGAAUUUAGUGUGUGUUCUGUUCACUGUACGAAUGCAUGACAAUAAGUUUUUAUUUCAGCAUGUGUAAUGCAUUCAUUGUGUGUAUGCGUGUGUGUGUUGAAUGAUGGCGGCAUCCUAUGCUUAAUUUACAGCUAUCUCUUUUGCUUGUCUCUUUAGUGCGUCGAACUCUUAACAAGAAACUGCUGAAGACGAUAUCAAGGCAAUAGAACGAGUAAUACAGGCAUCAGCUAAGACGUAGCUCUGCAUCUUGAUAUGAAUAUCAUUACUGUCUGGGAAGCAUCCAUCUGCGAAAAAAACUUACUAACAAAUCAAGUAACGCUAUUUCGAUGCCUCUUGCUACAAAGAAUCCUAUCCUUGAAAAGUGUCGUUUUUUAUGUACAUAAACAUUUUGUAUCUUUUUUCAGAAGACAUCAGAAAGUAUAUUAGUCCUUUUUAUUGCUGUUAUUUAUAAUUUGUAAGGGCUAUCCUUCACGUUUCCACCUUAUACGCAGAUGCAUACGUACACCCCACCCCCUUCCACAAAUACAGUAUCAUUUAUAUCCACUAUAUACAUAUGUCACCUAUUGUGUAAUCCUUCUGAAUAGAGUACUGCGCAAUCAACUUAUCCUACCUGACAUUCUCUCUCUAGUUGUCCCUUUCCUUCCGACACAUCUGAAUCUUUUCGCCUUGGAUUGCCUUUUUCGUUACUUGUUACCCUUUUUCGUAUGACAACGGUGUGAUAAAUUCAAAUUCAACGACUUCAUUUCGUUUCAGACUACCUUCGCUUUUCUAUUCACAGUGCAGGCUUCAGUGUGCUGUCUACACCGUUUCUUUUUUCUGAUUGUAAAGCAUAAUAAUGUGACAGACACAAGUUAUACUACAUAUUCCUUCCUGUUUAUAUAAAACAAGAGACUAGUUUUAAAACUAACGCAACAAAAACUGAAUUGAACGUCGAAUAAACAGAAGGUAACAUUUCCAACUCUGUAUUUUUUACUUGUUCUUUUUUAUUUUGUCGAACCGGACACAGAUUGAAUUUUAAAUGGUGUAAUUUUGCUUUCUUUUCGCCUUUGAAUGAAUUUUCUAAUCUCGCCUUCAACUUCAGUUCACUGUAGUUGAGUUUAAUCUGAUGGGAAACGCUGAGUACGCUAGCAGACACAAUCCUAUUGGUUCAUAGCAAUAUACGUCGACGAGAUCAUUUUUAUAUGCCUUUCCCUUUUCGCUACACUAUACUCCGUCCCCUCCUCUCGCUCUCUCUUCCUGUGGUUAUUAUUUCCACCAAAAAAUGCAUUUGAGUUGCGAAAUGUCUUUUUUCGUGUUUAGCAUCUUUUCGUAUUUUGCUUCUUCAUUUUAUUGUUUUGCUGUCUUUAUUUCAAGUAGCGUUUUUUCGCCAAUGUUCUCUACAUCUCUUCGAAAUGCAUAUGACUAUAUCUGUACACCACGGUCACUCAUUGUAUUUCCACUCUGUGCAACAUAUACACCUUUUUGUGGAUUCACUUAGCACAUGACUAUUGACUUAUGAAGUGUCAUCAGAAGUUGAAGAUGAAAUCUACAAAACAAUCAUAACCAAGAAAUGAAAAACAACCAAUUUAUUCCCCCUUCGGUCUGCCCUGCUAAGAUUUAUUUUUGAAAGCUGAUAUACACACAUACUUAAGAUCUACCAUUGAUUUCGUUCUUUCAGUCUUAUUGCUUAGUUAUUAUUACUAAUACUUUAUCCAUGUGUAGUUCACCUAAACAGUAUAAUGAUUUUUUUCUAAAAAACAUUAACGAAUUAUCAGAGCAUCUAUUUCUUUCACCCCGCAUUGGUCCUUCAUAUUCUCUAACCGUUUAUAUACUUUCUUAAUUCGUUUCUUAUUGUAUAUUAGCCUUGUAUUUGCUUCCCUAUCCUUUUUUGAAACCAGAUAUUAUUGACACUGUUAUUGUUUAACUAAGAUUUCCGAAUAUCUUAUAGAUUGAUGUAUGGGUAGAUAUAAGUAUGUAUAUUGUCUGUGAUGUUUGGAGUGAAAGCGGGAAAUGGAACUUAUGAUUUCUUCAGACAUUUUUCGUAUCAAUGUCUUCUUGAGUUUGUUGGCUGGGUAGUUGGUUGGUUGACUGUUCUUGUUCUUAACUUCCCCGUUGUCUUUGUUCUUUCGUGUAUUUUUCCUUCAACCUCUUGCAAAAACGAAAAAUGUUUCAGUUUCCCACUUAACUUUUAUUGUACAGUCAGUAUCAGAGAAUCAGUUGAGCAAUAUUCCUGACAUAAAUACCCUACUGUGGAGAAAUAUUUCCAUUGCGUUAAUUGUGCUCUUUUUAUGAUAAACAUUAAGUGAUACCUUCUUAA